AUGCAGUUCAGCGUUGACCCUGCGCUGCAGGGCAGGGGGGUCAUGAGUGCCGCCCUCCGCUUCAUCCUCAGCGCCUGGUUCAUUCCGAUCAUCAGUCCAUACCCCGGACAGCUGACGACGACGUUUCCGGCCGCCGCGCUGAGGGCGCACAGCAGCCGAAACGGCAUGGCCGACAGCCCCGUCGCGCGGAUUCACGGGCGCCUCGGAUUCGUGCCCCUCGGAAGCGUGCAGGGCGACGCUGGAUCCAUCGCGGGGCCUGACGACGAGGUCGUGUGCUGUGCUUGGAUGGGAGCCGGUGCCGUGCGGCUGGAGGGCAGCGUAUGGCGCGGACUGGGGCUCGUGCCGUUCUCGUUUGACGACGAGGACGAGGAUGGGCAGGGGGAGGAGUGGGACAGCGACGAGGAGGAGGUCAACGGCGAUGUCGGUAGAGCCGUCGUCUUGGUCAACAGUCCUCCCACCAGAUCCAAGAAUCCCAACCACGGCCAAUCGGACAUUGAAGUAGAAGCGCGCAAUCAUCGCCCUCGAGAACCAAACGCCCCCGGUGCCGAUGGUGGGCAUGAGGGAUUGCUCGACCCAGAUUCCUCCCCCCUGUCACCCCGCCCUCGUCUCAGACGUGACAGGGGGUCCUCUCCGCCCCAUUCCGACAUGGACGUCGACUUUGUCGAAGCAUCAUAGGUGCAAGGCGCAGGGGUUCAGCCCACCGUCGUGGAACAUAGACUGUAUCAGUGUAAAUCAGUUGUACGCAUAAGCCAGAUGACAGAGUGCAUGUGACGUGA